UGUGUUGCUGUUGGUAUAAAGUCAAACUCAUGACAGUGCGCCGGUAAGAUUGUCUCACUCAUACCCCAUUGAAGGAACGCAGUGAGAGGACAAGUGAUCUUCAAACAAUUUUCCCGACUAAAAACAAACAACCUAAUUCUAAAGAAAAAUGCGUGAGUGUAUCUCUGUCCACGUUGGCCAGGCUGGUGUCCAGAUGGGUAACACCUGCUGGGAGCUGUACUGUCUGGAACACGGUAUCCAGCCCGAUGGCCAGAUGCCCAGCAACAAACCAGUGGGUGGACAUGAUGACUCCUUCACCACCUUCUUCAGUGAUACUGGAGCUGGCAAAUAUGUACCCCGUGCCAUCUUUGUAGACCUUGAGCCGACAGUCAUUGAUGAAGUCCGCACAGGCACUUAUCGUCAGCUGUUUCAUCCUGAGCAGCUCAUCUCAGGCAAAGAGGAUGCUGCGAAUAACUAUGCCCGUGGACAUUACACCAUUGGCAAGGAGAUCAUUGACAACGUGCUGGACCGCAUACGCAAACUGGCUGACCAAUGCACAGGACUGCAAGGUUUCCUGGUCUUUCACAGUUUUGGUGGCGGCACAGGCUCAGGUUUCACCUCCCUUCUGAUGGAGCGUCUCUCUGUUGACUUCGGAAAGAAGUCCAAGCUGGAAUUUGCCAUUUAUCCAGCUCCCCAGGUGUCUACGGCUGUGGUGGAGCCGUACAACUCCAUCCUGACCACCCACACCACCCUGGAGCACUCCGACUGUGCUUUCAUGGUGGACAAUGAGGCCAUCUACGAUAUCUGCAGAAGAAACCUGGAUAUUGAGCGCCCAUCAUACACAAACCUCAACCGGCUCAUCAGCCAGAUCGUCUCCUCCAUCACUGCUUCUCUGCGCUUUGACGGAGCUUUGAAUGUCGACCUAACAGAGUUCCAGACCAACUUGGUGCCCUACCCUCGUAUCCACUUCCCCCUGGCCACAUACGCUCCUGUCAUCUCCGCUGAGAAGGCCUUCCAUGAGCAGCUCUCGGUGUCUGAGAUCACCAACUCCUGUUUCGAGCCCUGCAACCAGAUGGUGAAGUGUGAUCCACGGCAUGGAAAAUACAUGGCCUGCUGUUUGCUAUACAGAGGAGACGUGGUUCCAAAAGACGUCAACAGCGCCAUCGCAGCCAUCAAGACCAAAAGAAGCAUCCAGUUUGUGGACUGGUGUCCCACUGGCUUCAAGGUGGGCAUCAACUAUCAGCCCCCAACUGUGGUUCCUGGAGGAGACUUGGCCAAGGUGCAAAGAGCCGUGUGCAUGCUAAGCAACACCACAGCCAUUGCUGAGGCCUGGGCCCGUCUGGACCACAAAUUUGACCUGAUGUAUGCCAAGAGAGCCUUCGUGCACUGGUAUGUGGGUGAAGGCAUGGAAGAGGGAGAGUUCUCUGAGGCCAGAGAAGACAUGGCAGCUCUGGAGAAGGAUUACGAAGAAGUGGGCCUUGAUUCAUUCGAUGAAGAGGAGGAAGGGGAAGAGUACUAAAAGGGAAAAGUGUUUUUUUCUUUUCUUUCUGUCUAUCAAAUAAAAGCCAAAUAAAAUAUAGCUUUUAA